AUGAAAUGUUAUUUAGUAUUAUGGGGUAUUUUUUUUUUUUUAACAUUUUGUUAUUCAAAAAAUGAUAUUAGUAAUUCUACUUCACUUAUACAAGGAUCACAUUCAACGAAUAGGACAUUUGUAAAAAAUGAUACAGAAAUUGUUGACCCAUAUGCAUAUGAAUGGGAAUCUGAUAAAGUUGUUCCAGUAGUUUGUGGAAUGAGAGCUGAAUCUGUUGUACGUAAAGGACAUGUUGCUGGUUUUUUAAAGUCUGGUGUUAGUGUUGUUGAGGCAAAUGUUCCAAUUAAAUUAUCUGUUUUUGGAAGAUGGUUAGAAAGAGUUGAAAUGAUAUCCUUUACAAUUGAUAAUUGUUAUCAUCUACUUAAUAAUAUAAGUCACACAGAAUUUUUAUUUCAAAGUGAAAUGAGAAUUGAAUUUAUAACAAAAUUUGAAAAAAUAGCUGAAUCAAAAACAUAUAGAAUGUGUAUUAGUGAAAAAGAUUUUGGACAAGAUGGUUAUGAAGAUAUGGCUUUUAUGAUUGAUGAACAAAGAACAUGGAUAAGUACUGAUGUUCAAGCAUCUGAUUAUUUACUACCAUUUCAUGUACAAAUUCUUAUAAUUUGUAUUCUUUUCUUUUUAUCAGCACUUUUUUCUGGACUUAAUCUUGGUUUAAUGGCUUUAUCACCACAAGAAUUGACACUUCUUCAAAAAUCAGGUUCAGAAAAAGAGAAAGAAUAUGCUACAAUAAUAUUGCCAGUUCGACAAGCUGGAAAUUUUUUAUUAUGUACAAUUCUUAUUAUGAAUGUUAUUGUUAAUUCUGCAAUUUCAAUUUUAUUUGAAGAUAUGACUUCUGGUUACAUUGCAUUUAUUGUCUCUUCUAUGGGAAUUGUUAUCUUUGGUGAAAUAUUUCCACAAAGUUUGUGUAUAAAAAAAGGAUUAGCAGUUGGUGCUUAUACAAUAUGGUUGACAAGAUUUUUUAUGUUUUUAACUUUUCCGUUGUCCUUUCCAAUUGGGAAAAUAUUAGAUUGGUUAUUUGGUGAAGAUAUUGUUGUUUAUGAUAAAAAACAAGUUUUACAAUUAAUGAAACUUACACCAAGUUGGGAGACAGGAAAUACAGAAUUAGCUGCUGAUCUUAAAAUUGCUGUAGGUGCAAUGGAGAUAAGUGAUAAGACAGUUAAAGAUAUAAUGACAAGUAUAGAAGAUGUAUUUAUGCUUAAUGAAAAUACAAUUUUAAAUGCAGCAACAAUAACAGAAAUAUUAAAAAAAGGAUAUUCAAGAAUACCUGUCUAUUCAGCAGAUAACAAUAAAAAAAUAACAUCAAUAUUAUUUGUCAAAGAUUUAGCAUUAGUUGAUCCUGAUGACAAAUUUACUGUUAAAACAAUAUGUCAAUAUUAUCAACAUCAUGUUAGAUUUGUCUCUGAAGAUACUGGUCUCCAAGAGAUGUUAGAUGAAUUUAAAAAAGGUGAUUAUCAUUUAGCAUUUGUAACAACAAUAACUAAUCAAGAAAUGGAAAAUUUUGUUGAACCUAUAAAAGAAUUUGAUAAAAGUUCAUUUGAAGAGGAGUAUGGUCCAUGUGAUUGGGAAAGUGAUCAGGAAAAUUUAUCAAUGAUUGAUUUUAAAGUAUUUGAAGAAUAUGAAGAAGAAACAAUUGUCAUUGGUAUUGUUACAUUAGAAGAUAUAUUAGAAGAAAUUUUACAAGCAGAAAUUGUAGACGAAAGUGAUGUAAUAUUAGAUAAUGUCUAUAAAAGAAAAAGAAAAGUUGAUAACACAAAUCACUGUUAUAAAAUGGUAGAAUAUGACGAAAUAUGUAAGAAUGUCUCCAAUGCUCUAACAUUAGCAUGUUCCCAAUAUUUGGGAGCAAAAAGUUAUAUAUUUAGAGAUGCUUACUUAGACCCAAAUACAUUUAAUAGAGUUAUUUCAUCAAAUGUUCGUAUAGUUAAUUUUCAUAAAACAGCUAUUGAUGAUCGACGAUCAACAGAAAAUGAAAUAUGUAUGUGUAUAAUAAAAGAACGAGUCCCAUGUGAUAAAAUAAUAUUAAUAUUAGAAGGAACAUGUACAGUAACAUUUUCAAGUGUUCAAUUAGAAUUUACCGUUGGACCAUUUGAAUUUUUUGGUCUUCAUUUAGUAGAAACACUAGAAAAUUAUGUUACAACAAAUAAUACAGAAAAACUAUUGGCAAAAAAUAUAAUAAAUUUAAAAUAUAUUCCAGAUUUUUCAUUAAAAGUUACACAUUUUUGUAGAUAUCUACAAUUAACACCAUUAAAUUAUGCUAAUAUAUAUAGAAUCACAAAAGCACUUAGAAUGGGUAGAGAACUUAAUUCUAAAAAACUUAGUAUACAUUCAAAUGAUUCUAUUAAUUUUGAAAAACGUUUAUCAUUGAAAAUUUAA